GAUGGGCGCACAUCUACCGGGCAGAGACACAUAUUACAUUGGUAACUUGCUUUUGUAACUUUUACUUGGUAUUGGCCUAAUGCUCCGGCUUACGAAGAACGCGUCGCUUACCUUUCCUAACCUCCAUACAUUUGUAAUAAAUGAUUAGUCGCAAGCUACGGCUACUGAAAAGGGCCUGUACACGUCGAUGAGGCAUAGAGUAUGGCGGAAGCGUCUGCGCUUUUCUUACUGAGUAACUAUUUAGAAACAGCAGAAUGGAAAGAUUUAGAUAACAGGGAUGACGACGAGAGCCCCGAUGAGAGUGGCGUACGUGAGAGGUUGCCUGUUGCCAGGAGGAGCGAGGCAUUUGUUCUUGGAAGGCAACAUAGCCGCCUCCAACCUAUAUCGCAUGGACCUGGCAGCUCUAUACAAGCGCAGCUGGCGCAUGUCAAGGAUUACGAACGGCACCCUGCGCGUGAGGUCCGCCAGCACUUUGGCUCGUCCCGUUUUCGGCAUUCCCCGCGCCCACGAGGUUCACCUGCAAUUUCUGGCGAGCCGCAGCAUACAGGGGCUCACCAACCCCAAGGACCGGAUGCCGAAUCCCUGCCAACAACAGCACGGCCAUUUUCCCAACCUCAGGUCGAUGCCUUGGGUGAUCUCACACCUCGGGCAUGCCGCAUGCCCCCUCUACCAAAGCCUCCCAGUAGCGCCAAACGUGCAUGGCAGGGCCCAUUGCGUGGUGCAAGCACAUCCCCAACCACAUCUGCAGGCCAAACUCAGGUCGCCAUGGAAACGACGGCUGCGGCAUCAGCCUCCUUGCAAAGCUUUUAUUUGCUGCAAACAGGGUUGUCUUCGGAAUCAGAGUCGCAUGCUCCUUCUUCGUCUCCUCGCCCUCCAUCUCAGCACCCGCAGCAGAAACCUUCCGCCACGGAGGCCUCUAACUUGACAGCCAACAGGGUAUCCUCCCUGCUGCUGGAAAAAGCCUGGGUCACCGGUGGCGGCGGCAGCCACCCAGGGGGGCGGCUGCAGGGAGCGAGGCAGCCGCAGCAGGCAGCGUCAGGGGGGUCCCCGGCGGCCGUCAGGCGGCUGCGGCGGUCCACCACCUCGCCCCUUGAAGAGGGCCGGGGGAGCAGCAGCUCAGGUGGCGGUGCUGGCUGGAGCAACAGCAGCGGCAAUGGCGGCGGGCCGCGGGGUAGCGCAGCCGCAAUGAUGCCAGCCACCGCCGCCGCCAGGUUAGCUCGCAGCAGCACCUGCAGCGGUGGCAAUGGCGCCGGUGAGUGGGAGGGCCGUCGCGAGCGCUAUGCACAGCGUCAGGACCAGCAGCCGCGGCUGCCAUCAUGGCUGCUGCGCGGCCCGACUGCCACAGCCGCCACCGCCAACGGCCCCAAUGCGGCUGCUGUGGCGGUCUCUGCCUCCGCGUCCCUUGAACCGCCGUCGAGUACCUCUGGCGGGCGCGAUAGCGGCUGCGACAGCACCCGGUAUGCCGCCUCCUCUUACUCCCAUCCUCUCUCCCUUCCUAAUGCGCUGCUAAGGCCGCUGUUCCCUGCAUCGCGCCCUGCGGCAGCGAUGGCAUCACAGCACCCACCGCAGCAGCAGCAGCGCAGUACACAGGAGGAGGAGGAGAAGUCCGCACCGUUCCUAACCAGCAUCUGCUGCUACAGCCGCCGCCGGCAUCAGCAGCAGCAAGGGCGCCUAAACGCCCAGCCGUAUGGCUCCGGUGAUCCGCUUGCUGCACCUGCGGUGGUUGAUGGGGGUAGGGAGGGCGUGGUGGUGGGUGGUGCCGCCAGGACGGCCGGUGGCGGGCCCGCUGGUGUGGAUGGGGGUGCUGGUAUCCUGGGUGCUGCGGCCGACGGCAGCAGCUGCUUCGGCUGGUCACGGUGGAGUCGUGCGCAGCAGCAGCAAGAGCAGCAGCGGGGCCAGGAGUCUGUUGACGGGAGGGAGGAGGGCGGAGAGCGCGGCGGAAGCGGGUUCGGGCGUCGCAAAACGUUAUCAGGUCAGGGUCAGGAGGUCCGGGAGGGCGACCCGUGGGUCGCGAAGGACCGUUGCGGCCACCGCAGCCGCCAGCGCUACGAGCGGCGCUCGUGGUGUUGGCCAUGGACCGUACCUGCUUCUUCCUCCCCACCCUCCUCCUCCUCCGGUUGGCCUUGGUCUUGUUGGGGGCUGUGGGGGCGGCGGCGGCGGGCGGGUGCGGCGGAGGAGGAUGCUGACCUGCGUAGUGUGGUGGAUCUGGAAAUGUGGGACGUGGUGGACCAGUACCUGCCGGUGUUCAUGCCCUCCACUGCAAGGAUGUGCUGGGACGCGCUGCUGCUGCUGCUGCUGCUGUACACCGCGGUGGUGGUGCCGCUGGAGGUGGGCUUCAAGGCCGUCAUCAGCCCCGCACUGGACGCAUCCCACCUGGCAGUGCUGGUCGUGUUCUGGGGGGACAUUGUCGUACAACUCAGGACCGCCUACGUGGACGGGUCGGGCGAGGUGGUGCGCGACGGCCGCUCGCUGGCCGCCCACUACGCGCGCACCUGGCUGGCGCUGGACGUGGUGUCGGCGCUGCCGUGGGGGGAGAUAAUGAGGGCUGUGUUGCACCACGGCGGCGCGCGGGAGGGGGUGCUGGCGGCGCUGGCUCGCCUGCCACGACUGCUGAGGAUUAUGAGGCUGUUGCGGCAGCUGGAGCGGUCCCGCUACGCCAACGCGCUGCACAUCCUGCGGCUGCUGGGCAUUCUGCUGCUGGCGGGGCAUUGGACCGCAUGCGCUUGGCACGGGCUCAGCGAGUGGCUGACGGGCUGGACCUGGAUGUUCGAGGAGCUGCCCGGACCGACCCCCGGGUCGCUGCUGCACCAGUACAGCGGCGCCGUCUACUACGCGUACGUGGUGGUGGUGGGCAACGACAACUCGCAGGUGUCGCCGCAGAACGACGUGGAGCGGCUGUUCGUGAUCGUGGCGCUGCUGCUGGGGUCGGUGCUGUCGGCGGUGGUGGUCAGCAACAUGGCCCUGCUGGUGGCCAACCACAACUCGCUGGCCAACCGCUACCAGGCGCGAGCGGCGCUGGCGGCGGACGCGCUGCGAUACGUGGGCGCUCCGGAGGCGCACCGCGUGCGGGUGGCAGAGUACUUUGACUUCCUGGCCGCCAAUGACCACCCUGGCCCUGACGCCGACGCGGUGUUGUCCGAGCUGCCUCGGGGGCUUGUGGAGGACAUCAAGUGGCGCCUGUACGCGGCGCCGCUGCAGCGACUGCCGCUGUUCGCCGGCUGCGACGAGCCCUUCAUGGCGGCCCUGCAGUCCCGGCUGACCCUAGCGGCCUUCACCGCCGGCGAGCUCAUCUUCAGCGCCAACGACGUGGGUCGCGACAUGUUCAUCAUGCGCAGGGGCUGUGUGCUGCUCAAGUCGCACCCCGCCGGCGACGUGGUGGCGCUGCUGCAGGCGGGGGACAGCUUCGGGGAGACGGCGCUGCUGCCCGACCUGGCGGCGCGCAGGAGGGCGUGUACGGCGGUUGCCGUACAGCCCACCGACGUGAUCUGCCUGACGGCUCGAGACCUGGCGGCAGUGUGCAAGGACCACCCGGAGACGGGCGCGCUGGUGCAGGAGCGGCUGCUGCAGUACCACAACUACAUGCAGCUCAGCGGCACCGCCACGCCAUCUCCCUGGUUCUGGUCGUACAUGGACGUUCUUGAUUUGUCGUACGGCGCCGACGGAGAUGAAGGGUACGACUUUGAGAUGUGGUUCGAACACGGAGGAGAUCAGCUGCUGCUGCCUUCGGCGACAACUGCGGCGGCGGCGGAUGUUGCGGCAGCACUGGCCCAGCCGACGGCUAAGGAGGUUACCCCCGUUGCUCCCAACAAUGUGGGUUCCGUCAGUGGCAGCGAGACUGGCGGUGGCACCGCAGGGGAUGCCACGCUGUCGCCGUCAGUAAGAACAGUGGCGGCGGCGGGGAUGGUGUCAGCGGCGACGGCAGGUCUGAGCGCAGUGGAUGCAGCGGUGCAACCGGCUGCGGCAGGGAUGUUGCCGCCUCCUGUGGCGGCAAGCAGCAACGACGGGCGGCCCAGCGAGGGGGCAGCUGCGGAGCCCGGUAGUGGCGGCGGGCUGGACGGAACCGUUGACAACACCCUUGGCUACAUUCCAAAGGCGGCCACGAUUGAUAGGACCGACGAUGAUGGUGACGGUAACGUUGGCGACGGCGCGGCAGAUGGUGCCGCCGCCAUUGACGUCUGUGGCAAAGCCUCCCGCAGCUCCUCCGCUUCGUCCUGGGAGUCCUUCCUGCAGGCCACCGGUGCGCCCGCUGGCUCCUUGGUACCGCCGAGGAUACCUCCUCGCGUUCCCGCUAGCGGUGCCGUACAACCCCGCGUUCGGUAUCGCAUUGCGGCAGCAGCAGCAGGCGUAGGAGGAACAGGGGCGGCGUCGGAGUCGUACGCAGCUGGCGGAGGUGCUGGGCGGACGGAGGUACUGGGCAGAGGAGGUCAGGUUGAAGGGGUUACGGAUGCGAGGGUCAGUGGUGACGGCGGCGGCGGUCGGGGUCCUGAGGGACCGCUGCAGUCGGCAACACUUCCAGCGCCGCCGCCGCCGCCACUGGUGCCGCCGCCGGCGCCGCCGGCGCCGCUCCUUUCGCCACCGGCGCCGCAGCAGCUGCUUCAUGCGCCUCGUGCGGCUGCCACUAGUCCCGCCGUCGUGAAACCUAUCGCCUCCGCCUCCACCACCCACGGUACGGAAGUCCUGAGGCUUCCCGCCGCUGGGGCCGUGAUGAUGCCGCCGCUGGGGCCGGCUUUACCCUCCUCUCCGCAGUCCCUGCUUCGUCCCCGGCCGCCAGCAGCAGCGGUAGGAGGGCGCCACCCUCGCAGCGGCCUGUCGCCCUUCCUGCUGGCAUCCGCUUCCAUGGCUACCCUGGAGUCCCUAGAGGAUGCCAUGUCGUCGGCCGCUUCUUCAACCGCCAGGGCAGUUGCUUCGGGAGUGACGGCUGCAAGCUCCUCCUCCCCAUCCGCGGCGGCAGCAGCAGCACGGACGCAUGCAGCCUCAGUAGCUGCAGCUGCUGGGGCAGGAAGGUUGGGAUCUCCUCGGGGCUCCCGGCUGCGAACCGUUUUUGGCCCCGGAGUUGAGCACGAACACUUCAUACCGACCUUCCAAACCCUGCCAGGACAGCUGCUUACUGCGACCGGGAGUCAGGCAGGAGGUCAGCCCGCCUUCGCCCCCGCCGGCUCCCUGUCCCCUGCUGCAUCCGUUGGCACCUCCCGCUUCUUCGUUUCGCCGCCCUCAGCACAGCCAGCAGCACUACUGGCAACCGAAGCUUUAUCGCCCAUCGUACACUCGGUACGGCAGGAGGUAGUGGCGGAACCGUCCGCGACGGAUGCCACCGCAGCCACGGCUUCUGCUCCGGCCGCACUGUCAGGUACGACGGCUACGGCAGCGGCAGUAGCGCCCAGUGGCACCGGCGGCGCUGGUACUGUUGGUAGGGUCGCAGACGUUCCUAGCCGCGGCUUGAGCUUGCGCAGCCUGAUGAGUAUGGCUAGCAAACUGCUCCGCGCCAACGGUAGCAGAGGCGGAAGCGGCGGCGGCGCCGCUGCCAAUAGCGGGGCCGCUGCCAGCGGCGGAGGCGCCGGCAACCCUGCGCCUGCAGACCGGGGAGCUACGGAACCCUCCACCGCCUCCAUUACCUCCGCUUUGGAGAACGCCUUCGCGGCUGAGUUCGUUCCUCCGUCGCGCCGCAGCUUCAUCCGCCGGCACCUCUCGAGCAUCAGCCCCAGUCGCGUCGUGACAUCGACCACCUCAUUACGCCGCCGCCCGACCUCAUCCUCCGAAACCUCACUGCCUUUCGACUGGAUGGCACCGCCACGGCCGCUGUCGCCGCCGCCGCCGCCACAGCCGCCGACGUACGACAACAUGGCUGUCGGCUCCGCCAGCAUGUCGCCGCUGUCGACGGCGCCGUCGUGGCUCAUUGCACGCGCGUCUCGCGAACCGAUUGCCAACCAACGCUCCCUUCGCCGUCGCAGCGUUGCCGGGUUGCCUCCGCCGCCGCCUCCGGAGGACCCCGUGCAGAAGGCGCUGCAAACCCUGGCGCGUGUAUUGGAAGUUGAUUUGGGCCUCGAAACCGUGGCUAGUGGUUCUGCUGCUGCUACUGCAACACCUGCAGCAGCAGCACCGUCAUCUAUGGCGACUGGACCAGCGGCGGCGGCAGCGGCGUAUACGGGUGCGAGCACGCGUGCGGAUCAUGGAAGCGGAGGUCACGUGGCUGCGAAUCGACAGCUGGUGAGUAGGCAGCAUUCGAAGCUGUUUGAGCAUGACCAUCGGCAUCCCCCGAACCAUCAACAAUACCCGCAACGUGAGACCCAAGCCGGACUGUCGUCAGCCCAGCACGGGAUGUUGCUGACGCUGAUGGAUGCAGUGAUACGGCGUUUCGGCGUGGAGGCAUUGCCGGCAGUUAAGGAGGCGGUGGAGACACGCGUACGGCAGGUUGAAAUGCGGUUAACCGCAGUACUACAAGCCACAGUGUGCAACCUAAAGCAAAUCGAGCAUACGGUCGCCAGCAUCGACGACGCAGCCGCCGUCGCCAAGCGCCGCCUCGCCGCUCUGGAGCACGCUGCCUUGGAAGCCACCGCCGACGGCGUCCUGGCGCCUCGCCUGCUGGGCCUGCUGGACACCGACGCCGGCGGCAUCACAGCUGCCUUGGAGCGCCUGCACCAGGCAGCAGCCUCCAGCAGCUCCGCUUGGUCCGACGCGGCGUUGCUGUCUUCCCUCGUGAACGCGAAUGCGGGUGCCGGUGGGGGCGGGGGUGCGAAUGCGAUGCUGGGGCAGCAAGGGCCGUUGGCGGCGCCUGCGGCGCCGGCCGUCGCGGCGGCUGCGGCGCAGGCGCCGUUACCGGUUUGCUACUCGCCGCGCUCCGGCCUGCUCCGCCCUCGGUCGCUGCACAGCGUCAGUUCCGCCUUGUCGGAAGGACCGGAGGGAGGAUCCCCGGUGGGGCGCAACAACGCGGGCGCCAUGGGGACCGGGAGCGGAGCAGCCGCAGGGGCUGCGCUGUCGCGCACGGCGACGGGCGGUAGCCAUGGCGGCAAUGCGACCGGCUUAGCGGCCGCCAAUGCCAAUAGCUGCGGCAGCACCAACUACAGUAGUAGCCUGGGUCAGGUUAGGGUGCCUCGAUCUCCUUCCUUGGUUAUUCCUUCCCAGCAACGUCGACAUCCUGCGGUGAUGCGCCGGAGAACCCUAGAUCCCAACCAGAUGUUGGCGAUAGCGCGUGGCAACGGCAGCGGCGGUGGCGGUGGCGGUGGAGGUGGUGGCGGUAGAGUCAGCGGUGGCGGUGGAGGUGGUGGCGGUAGAGUCAGCGGGGGCAGUGGAGGCGGUGGUGGCGGUAGAGUCAGCGGGGUCGAUGGAGGCGCCAACACGAUACCUGGUAGCCUCAAUGGUAUCGGCCGCAAUGAUAACAUACCAGAGAGUCAGGGGAGCAAUGCGGCGAAUGCAAUAUCAGCGUCUACGUCUACAUUCGCAGAAGCGGCGGCAGCCGCUGCCGGCGCCUUCCAUCGCUGUGCAUCCGGGUUUGAGUCUUGCCGCCGACGGUCGUUACAAUUACUGAACCACCGCCUACCUCGGACAAGCACAGCGCCGCUGGAGGUUUCCCCGUCGCCGCUGUCUGCCGCCGCCGCCGCUCCUGUUGCCGCCUCGGCGGUUGAAGCGGGAGCGUCGAUUUGCCCGUCGUCGCCGUCGCUUGAGUAUCAGGCGACUCCUGAUGCCUCACCUGUGCCAUCGAUGAUGCAGCAGGUGCUGGGAGCAGCUUCUUCAGCCGGCACUCGGCCUCGAGAGCCGAGCGUCCAUCUGGGAGGCGGCGCGGGAGGUAUGGGCGCGUCAGCCUCAAGACCGGUGUCCAUCCACUCGUACGCCGCAGUAGGUCUUGUGCCAGGGGCCCUACACCCCGGUACCGGCCUGGGCGCGCCCUGGCCUGGUGUCGCAAGUCGCAGUGCCGUACUGGACGACAGCGUCGUGCGAGACGGCGGCGCUGGCGGCGGCGGAAGUCGCGCGCCUGUCCGAACGCUGCUGCCUUCGGAACGACCCGGAGCGCGGCGCGCGCCAGGGGCUACAGCCGCCGGCAGCAGCGGCGGCGGCACCCUCGCGACCUCGGUGGAGGCAUCUAGCGGAUCCGUACUGGCCGGAAGCGGCGGCGGCGGCGGCUUCCGUCGUCUUCCCUUCCGCCGCGCAAGCGCCUCUCUGCUAAUGCCGCAACGUACGGCAUCGUCGACGGCGGCAAUGACAGCGGCCACCACCGCCACCGCCGCCACUGGGUUGACGUCAGUUAAUCGUACGGCAGCGGCACGGGGACUUGGGCCGUCGGGUGGUGGAGCGGCGGCGGAAGAAAGGUCAGGGUCAGUUGCGAGGGUCGAGCUCGGACAUGGGUUCGGGUUCGAGGAUUAAGGCGGAACGCACUGAGGAGUAGCUGUGGUGGCGGCGGUUUCACUAGUACGUGCGGUGCCGGUGAAUGAGCGUUGAGGGUCGUAACGGCUGUGGCCACUUUAAGCUUGGGUGUGUGUUCAUGUAAGGAGAUCACGAAGAACGAAAUGAAGAGGCGGAGAAGAAUAAAGAAUGGGGCUAGGAAAUUUUGUAGUGAGCGCAACUAGUAAACGUGAGUAGGGAGGGUACGGCCAUGUCUACGUCGUACCGUUCCAGUAUUGAUUAAUGCAUGGUGUUCGACUUGCAGCCAGCGUGCGUCAACAGUUACUAUGCCACGACGAAGGGACCCGCGGCAUGUGCAUCCGCAGGUGCCCUGUUGGGGUUGGGAGGGACAGUAUCUUGGCUACUCAAUGCCAAGCGGUGUCUGCUGUUAUCCGCCAAGCGAGUACUGCUGUUAGUUGCUUUUGCUCGGGACCCAUUGUUGUGAGCCGUGGGUCGGUCCGGGUGUUUUAAGUUGCUGCACAAUACUGCUGCACAAUCGAGUUGAGCGAAAGUGCGUACUUACGGGGCUGUAACUUAGUAUGGUGCAGGCGGCGGGGGACGAAAAGAAGACAUGCAUGAUCCCGGUACCGUACUGGGUAAGGCGCAACACAUGCACAUAACAUAGGCUCCUUUUGUGUUCAUGCAAACGCCCACAAUGUCAUUGUGUGUGCGAUGUGAAUUUAACGGUCGUUGCUGCCUCUCUAUGUCUGGGGAUUGCGCAAAUCACCCACACCGCUUGACAAUAUCAUUAGAAGGUAGGAGGGCGACGUGUGUAUGAGCAGCUUUGUCGCCUGCGGCGUGCGAUUAACGGGGUUCUUUAUCCAUGUGUGGCGCUGUCGUGUUCCGGCCUGCCCAUCACUUUGGAGGCGACAUGCGGGCAGUGCGUUUGUACGGCUGGUAAGGUGGCCAUUGCCAUGCUAUGUACGGCUGACUAGCCGGGCUUGAUGCUUCAUGUGUGAACUCCCAUCGUCAGAGGCUGAGGUGGAGGGCACGUUCCGUAAGGAUAAUUCCAGAGGUGUUGCCUCAUGUGAUAGGGCGGCUGGGUAUGCCAAACUUCGGGUUCUGUGGUGACUGAUGCAACGGAAUGUUAAACUCGACAAGAGGGAUUUAAAUUUUGCCGUCUGUAUCAAUAUGGCUGCCAAGAAAGGCUGCGGCUCCUAUGUAGCGCACGAACUUCAGCAGACACGUGUUAUAUGUGUUAUAUGGUACGACGGUUGCGAAGCUGUCCUGGUAAAUUAAAGCAGGAUGCAUAGGCACCCACAAUAGGGUACAUAAUGUUAACCGUGAACAUGGGCAAGUGGAUUGAGGCGGGCGUAUACGUUGAGACAUGCGUUAUUGAUAACGAUACAAGGUAAGGGUUCGUGGGGGGGCUUUUAUGUCGGGAUUUGUCGUAUGUAUGAUGCAUCGAAGGAGUGUUAUGUGGGGCUCGGCGAAUGCAAAGUGACUUUUACUUUUAAGUGAUCGGUUAUGGACACCAGGAGGCACAGGAGUCACGGCGUUGACGAAUUGCGAACACGGCUUUGGGCGGUUGGGCCGCUCGGACGGUCAACGCUGGUCAACAUGGCUGGAAUUAUCGUAGUGUCCUCGUUCCCCACAGCGGCUAAGCGUAUGAUGUUUAUUUCAGUACGAUAUCGUUUACUUGUGCGGGCCAUGCGCACUAGCAACCAGGUUGAAAGCAGGAGCCGUACAAAAUCAGCGAAGGCAAGAGACAUUCCAGAAGCAAUCCAGACACGCAUUUCUGUGGUUGAUGUACAUAUAUACGGAGGGGAGAAUGUUAUGCUACCUGCACGCUGAAGCCGGCAGGCUGAAGAUUCCUUGCUGGGAAGACAACAACCUUGGGACGUCGAAGGCCAUCCUCUUCGACAGCUCUUUUUCGGUGCAGCUGGAACACAAAGCGA